AUGUUGCAUGGUUUGCUAUGUUUCUUCCGGGUGAGGUUCUCUUCUGGGACUGUAACAUCUGAGUGGCACAGACUCGAGAAGGGAAUCAUUACAGGGUGCACCAUCUCCGUGAUUCUCUUUUCCCUAGCUAUGAACAUGCUAGCCAAGUCGGCAGAAGUGGAGUGCAGAGGCCCAAGAACCAAAUCUGGAGUGCGGCAGCCCCCUAUUCGAGCCUUCAUGGAUAAUCUUACUAUAACAACUUCGUCAGUUCCAGGAACUAGAUGGAUCCUCCAAGGCUUGGAGAGACUGAUCACAUGGGCUCGGAUUGUUAAACCAGCAAAGUCCAGGUCUCUGGUGUUGAGGAAAGGCAAAGUGUCAGAUCGGUUCCGCUUCACACUUGGAGGUACCUGCAUUCCAUCAGUCACAGAAAAACCUGAGAAGAGCCUUGGGAAAUAUUUUGACUCCACCCUGAGAGACACCACUGCCUAGCUAGAAGGGUGGUUGACAGCCGUGGACAAAUCGGGUUUGCCAGGAAAGUUUAAGGCCUAGAUAUACCACAGAGUGGUGGUGGGGCACAGAGUGGUGGUGGGGCCUGUGGCAACAGGCCGUGCUGGGCUAGGCAUGAUACCAACUCCUAACUACGCCAAAGCCCAGGGCAAAGAAAGGCAAGACCUGGUCCAGCAAGAAGUAAGAGCUACGGUCGAGGAGCUGCGCAUGAGCAAGUCUGUGGGCCUGCGGCAACAAGGGGUAUGGACUAGAUGGGAAGAGGUGAUGGACCGUAAGAUCUCUUGGUCAGAAUUAUGGAAGGCAGAGUCCUCCUGUGUGAAAUUCCUCAUUCAGUCUGUCUAUGACGUUUUGCCCAGCCCAGCUAACCUCUUCUGCUGGGGCAGGGUGGAAUCACCAUCAUGCCCCCUGUGCCCAGCAAAAGAGAGCUUGGAACCCAUCUUCAGCAGCUGUCCAAAAGCGCUUGCGGAGGGACGCUAUAUCAAUGACCAGGUCAAACGGCUCCAACCAGCAAGACGUGUAAUCACAUUUAUUUGAGCAGGCGACCCUCCCAUUCCUUGACCUAAAGUCCAAGCAGGCCUCCUAAGUACAGCUCAGGACUGGCAGAUGAGGGUGGAUCUUGGGAAGCAACUUAAAUUCCCCGAGUACAUCAUGGAGACGUCGUUGAGACCAGACAUCGUCCUGAGCUCAGGAACAACAAAGCAAGUAGUCUUGCUGGAACUCACGGUUCCAUGGGAGGAGAGGAUGGAGGAGGCCAGUGAGAGAAAGAGGGGGAAAUACGCUGAGCUCAUGGAGGAAUGCCACAAGAGGGGGUGGUGAGCACGGUGUAUGCCCAUAGAAGUGGGAGGGAGGGGCUUUGCAGGGAAAUCUCUGUGUAAGGUCUACUCUCUCCUGGGCAUAACUGGACUGGGGGAUGUCACAGACCUAACAGAGAAGUUUACUUUCAAUCCUAAAAUUGGGAUUGACAAUCCAGCUCUGAUCAUCUCAGAUGACUCAGUGUCUGUCCAUGGGCUUGAGCCACGGCUGUGUCUGCUACGGCGUGAGGAAGGUGAGAGUUUUGGGUUCCAUCUGCGCAUAGAGAGAGGCUGCCAUGGCCACGUGAUCAGGCAGGUGGAGCCAUGGGGCGUGGCUGAGCGCAGCGGGCUGAGGGAUGGGGACCGACUGCUGGAGGUCAACAGGCACUUUGUGGAUGAUCUUGGACACCUUGAGGUAGCUCAAAGAAUUCAAGUAAGCGGGCAACAGCUGUGUCUCCUGGUACUUGGGGGAGAGGAGUACAACCAGGCUGUAUCAGAAGGUUGUGACCUUCAAGCCCUCACCAGCACUCAUCGUGGACAGGACUGUGCCCAGCCAAGACUCUGUUACAUUGCUAGGGACCCCAACUCAGGCCUGGGCAUCAGUAUCAUCCCAGUUGAGGGAGAGAAGGGCCGGUACUCUCUGAACACAGUGACUGAUGGACCCGCAGAAAGGGCAGGCGUGCGGAGGGGAGACCGUCUUAUAUGGAUCAAUGGAGCCAUGGUGUCAGAUCUCACACUCUCUGCUCUCAACAAGAUGGUGAGGAAAUGUGGGGACCACGUGAGUGUUCUGGUGAUUGACAGUGAGAGUGAGAGGAGCUACAUCCGGUGUCGCAUGCCCAUCCUUCCCACUAUGGCAGGUACUCACAACCUGCCCCAUCGCCCCCGCAAACUCCACCUGCAACAGGGACCUGAGGGAUACGGCUUUCUGCUGAGGCAGGAGAAGAUGGCAUCAGGGCGCAUCUCUCACCGGCUGCGUGAGGUGGAUGCUGGCAGCCCGGCGGAGAAGGCUGGGAUGGAUGAUGGGGACAUGCUACUGGCUGUGAACGGAGAAGCAGUAGAGCACCUGGAGCAUGAGGACAUCGUCCACAGAGUGCGGCAAAGCGGGCAGCAAGUCACCCUCACUACCAUCCAUGCCCAGGGGGGGGACUUCUACACUCAGCUAGGGCUAUCUCCUCUGCUUUUCUGUGAGGAUUGCCCUCAUGAAAGGGAACAAAAAAGGACAACACUGCGCUCUACUGAUCCCCCCAAGGAAGUACAGACUUACCCUCCCUGUACACGACUAUGUGUCCUUGAGAGAGGGCCAGCUGGCUUUGGCUUUCAUUUGGGCUGCGUGCCGCAAAAACCAGGAACCUUCAUAGGCCAGGUAGCAGAAGGUGGGUCAGGAAAGAAGGCUGGACUCUUUGAGGGUGAUGUGGUGAUAGAAGUGAAUGGACAGAAUGUGGAGGAGGAAUAUCUGGAAGAUGUGGUCAUGCUGGUGAAAGAGGGGGGAUGUUUCCUCCGUAUGUUGGUGGUGGAGAGGCCUGAGUACGAGAAGCUCAAACAAAGUGGGACACCCAUUACACCAAGUCUCAUUCUUCAUAGCUCUCAGGUUUGA